AACCACGUCUAGUCAAGAUGCCAGCAGACAGCAACGUGACUGGAUCUGCUGCUGAUGCUAAGAAGAUUUCCACUCCAACCAAAGAUGAUGUGCUUUUUGACCCCUGGUGUGACCCCAAGAAUCCUAGGGCCAUCAGCUUCCAGGAUGUGAGUGCUGCCGCUUUUAAGAUCAAGUCUGGAAUUAUGAACACGCCUUGCACCAAGUCUCACAUGUCCAGUUUCACUGACAUGGAGAUAUUCUUCAAGAAAGAGUUUAACCAGUAUACUGGCAGCUUCAAGGAACGUGGUGCGAGAUACACACUACUGAUGCUGCCAGAACAACAACAGAAGAAAGGUGUUAUUGCUGCUUCAGCAGGCAACCAUGCACUUGCUCUCUGUUACCAUGGUCAGGACCUGUCCAUCCCAGUUACAGUGGUGAUGCCUUUGGUAGCUCCCAUCAUGAAGGUGCAGGCAUGCAGGCAGUAUGGUGCCAACGUCAUUGUAAAAGGGAAUGAUAUUGGCGAGUGUCGUGAGUAUGCUCUCAAGAUGGCCAAGGAUCAAGGUCUUCUCUACAUUAAUGGAUAUGACCAUCCACACAUCCUGGCAGGUCAGGGCACCAUGGGGCUGGAGAUAGUGGAGCAAGUACCAAACAUUGAUGCUGUUGUCAUCCCAGUUGGUGGAGCCGGCCUCAUUGCAGGUGUGGCGCUGGCUGUAAAGGCGCUCUAUCCACAUGUCCAAGUUAUAGGUGUGGAAGCUGAGCGAUGUGCCAGCUUCAGUGCCGCCAUGAAGGCUGGUAGACCUGUAUAUGUAAAGGCAGAGUCUACUCUGGCUGACGGUCUGGCUGUUCCCAUGGUUGGUGUCAAUGCCUUUGCCACUGCAUCCCGUCUUGUUGAUAAGGUAGUAACAGUAAGAGAAGAAUGGAUUGCUAUCGCCAUCUUGCGUUUAGUUGAGUGUGAGAAAGCAGUAGUUGAAGGUGCAGGAGCAACAGCCCUAGCUGCCAUACUUGCUGGGGAGCUGCCAGAACUUAAGGGCAAGAGAGUGGUGAUCCCCCUGUGUGGAGGCAACAUAGACACAACGGUGCUGGGUCGAUGCCUAGAACGUGGUCUUGCUGCAGAUGGCCGCCUCGUUAAGUUCACUGUCACAGUCAGCGACAGACCUGGAGGUAUUGCUGAGUUGACCCGGCUCAUGGCAAAUCUUGGAGUCUCCAUCAAGGACAUGGUCCAUGAACGAGCCUGGAUUAGGAGCGACAUCUUCAGUGUUGAGGUGAAGGUAAUGGCAGAAACUAAGGACUUUGAACACUGGUUGGAGCUUAAAGCUGCUCUCGAGCAACGUUAUGAGAGGGUGCGCUUUGCUAUGCCUGACCUGGUCCAUGAAGAUAACUCCUUCUAAUGCUGCAAUACUGAAAGUUGUUUCAUUCCAACAUUUCAUUAGGCUGUCACAUUCUACCAUGUUUGCCUUAUCUGCUUUCUCCAGCUUUUAUCUUGCAACAUGAGAAUUGUCACACUUAACAAAAAACCAAUUGACAAAUGAUGCUCAAAGUUUGUACAUUUUGUGGAAAUAAGCUCAUCAGUUUGUUGUAACCAGGCAACAUCUCAGCCAUAAUGUAAUGAAUAUUAGGUGUGAUUGGAGAUUAUUAUUAUUUUACAUUCAAAGAGUUAGUUUAAUACUGUAUUGACAGCAAAUUAUUUUCCAGUGAGCUUGUAAUAUUUGUACAGUAAUAUUUAUAAUAAAUGCAGAAUUAAUAACAAUAACCAGAUAUUUAUGAUUGUUUAAUAAGAAUGCCUCAAAUUAUUUAACAAUAUGAGUUUUAAAGUGUGAAAAAGAAAGGAAUUAUAUGGUAGACAAACAAAAAUCUUGGAAAGACAAAUCUUGGAAGGGACGAGUGGGGAGGUUAAGGGAAAGAAUACGACAAUGGGGCUAUGUAUAGUAUUUUUUAAAGGUUUUAAAUGAAUUGGAUAUAUUAGUUAAUGUUUGUUUUCCAUAUAGGCACGAUAAACAAUGUUUUUUUCUGAAAUUAUUAUGAGAAAAGUAAUUUUUCUUGUGACAGUCAAUGUGAUGGCUGGACCAGCACACAACAGUCACUCGAGGAUGAAGUCGGCUGUUAUCAUGAGACUGAUAACUGUGUUAAAACAGUACUUUUCAUUUUCCUUGUCAUAUAUGAAGGACAAUAAUUAUUGUAAUUGUUCCAGCAAAAACUACACUUUGAGUCCUAUGAGCCUGUGAUCCAGUUUGAGAUAGCUGAUUUCUUAUGAGUAGAAUAAAAUUCCUAAAUACAUUAUCAUUACCCCUGUUUUCCCUCACUCUCAUGGGGUAGAGAGGCAUUAGACUGAAGAAAUUGGUAAUGUAGAACAAAAGUUAUUGGUCUUAAUAAAGCAUUACAAAUUUCA